UAUUUUCACGGAGCCAAAGUGUCCAAAUGUCCAGACAGACCUGUCUGAAGAGACUCUGCGCUGUUCGCUUUAUUUGAACAUGUUUAGCAUCUGAAUUAUCUCCCGGCGUCCUACGGAGCUAAUGGAGUUAGCUUAGCUUGCUAGCAGGAAGUAGACGGACGCGAACGUGAUGUAACUUAGCAACACAGCGCGCAUCAGAGUGAGCAGACAGUUUUUAACGGAGUGAGUCUGGAGGAAAAGCUGCUGUGAAGCUGUAAAAAUGUCUAAAGUCCAGAACGAGGAGGAACUUUGUGGACAACGCAAACUACUGGACGCUGUUUUCCAGCCUGAAGUCCGGCUGCACAGAGCAGACGUCCAGCUGCUGUCGGUGAGUAAAGAAGAGGAUCCCCCUGAGCAGCAGGACUGGAGCCCCAGUCUGGACCAGGAGGAUCCACCAGAUCCCCCAUACAUUAAAGAGGAACAGGAGGAAUUCUGGACCAAUCAGGAGAGAGAGCAGCUUCGAGGGCUGGAGGAGGCCGAUAUCAUCAAGUUCACAUUCACUCCUGUCCCUGUGAAGAGUGAAGAAGACGAUGAAGAGAAACCUCAGUCCUCGCAGCUUCAUCAAAGACUCACUGAACAGAUGAAAACAGAAGCUGAUGGAGAGGACUGUGGAGGACCAGAACCAGCCAGGAACUCAGAUCCAGAUACUAAUUUACAACCAGCGACUUAUGACAAGACGUCCGACUCCUCUGAAUCUGAGACUGAUGACAGCUGUGAUUGGGAGGAGACCAGGGAACCUCAGUCAGGUUUAAACACUCUGCAAAACAAUGAAGUACCUGUAAGUGAUCAGGAAUGUAAUACUGGAAAAACAUCAAGUAGCUUCUCUGAAUGUGCUACAAGCUUUGGCCACAAGGGACAUCUGCAGGAACAAGAUGGACUCCAAACAGGAGAGAAACCAUUUAGUUGUUCAGUUUGUGGUAAAACAUUCCCUGGGAAAAAAUCCUUAAAGACUCAUAUGAGACUUCAUUCAGAAGAAAAAUGUUUCAGUUGCUCAGUUUGUAAAAAAACGUUUCCAUGGAGAGGCGAGUUUGUGAGGCACAUGAGAAUUCACACAGGGGAGAAACCCUUCAGUUGUUCCGUCUGUGGGAAAGGAUUCACACAAAGAUCAACUUUGACCUCACACUUAAGAGUUCAUAGAGGAGAGAAACCUUUCACAUGCUCAGUUUGUAAAGCAAGUUUCAGUCUCAGAAACAAUUUAUCCCAACACAUGAGAAUCCACACAGGGGAGAAACCCUUUACUUGUUCAGUUUGUGGUAAAGGUUUUGGAAAAGGGGGAACUCUGAGACGACACUUGACUGUCCACACAGGGGAGAAACCAUUCAGUUGUUCAGUUUGUGGUAAAGGAUUUCGAGAAAGGGGAUCUCUGAGACGACACUCGACUGUCCACACAGGGGAGAAACCCUUUGGUUGUUCUGUCUGUGGUAAAGAAUUCACACAAAGCUCAACUUUGACCUCACACUUAAGAGUUCAUACAGGAGAAAAACCUUUCAGCUGCUCAGUUUGUAAAGCAAGUUUUCGCCUCAGAUACAAUUUGUCCCAACACAUGAGAAUCCACACAGGGGAGAAACCCUUUAGUUGUUCAGUUUGUGGUAAAGGGUUUGGAAUAAGUUUAAGUCUGAGACGACACUUGACUGUCCACACAGGGAAGAAACCAUGUACUUGUUCAGUUUGUGGUAAAGGAUUCACUCAGCUUCAUAUGUUCAAAAAACACAAGUGUGCUGGUGAGAGCAGCGGCAGUAAAUGAAGCUGCAGAGAUGCUUGUUGAGCCGAUUCCUUCCAGCAGGAUUUGAAGUACUGAGGACAAGACUUGGCUCAACACUGAUCAGUUCAAAACUGUGAUACAGAUUCCAAAAUAAGUCGAGCUUCAUCUUUUCAGCUGAGAUGAAGCCACAUCAUUGAUCACUGAUCAUUUUAAUUCUGUUUUUAUUUGUGUCUACAUUAUUUGGUCGUUUUCUGGGAACUUUGCUUUUUGGUUUUACAUGUAUUCAUUGAUUUAAAAUUGAUUCAAAUUGUCUGAAAGUGUUUUUAAUAUAUAUAUAUAUAUAUAUAUAGCCAGGACUACAGGUCAGAGGGGAGCAACCAGCAGCUCCCCAACCAGAGAUUGGGUACGAAGCCCCAAGAG